AUGCGAUAUUUCAAAGUCCUUACUCGUUGCACACAGCUGGGUCUACGAGAGACGGCAACCAAGCCAGCCGAGUGGCGCGCUCGUCUAAGCAUUGGACCCAACUGCCUCGCUGACAAUGCGACGCCCAAGGCCGUGGUAGUUGGCUACUCUGGCAUCACAGGCUGUCCUGUGUCUGCUGCUCCUGCAAAGAAGGGUACUGUGCGCGACACUAUCGAUUGA